AUGGAAUCGCGUACCUGCAAAAAAUCGAUAAUCACUCUUCCACUGGAAGAUCAAAAAGCAUUUCAACUUACAUCAGAAAAAAACUCAGUGACAGGUGAAGAAGGCUUCCUUAGAAUUCACGAAUUCUUUCUCAGUUCCAGCACCCAGUUAUUUCCGAUGAGUGCUGUUACAAAUAAUUCUUCCGUAUUUGAAAUUCUCUUGAAAGAUGUUAUGGAUGCACCGUUUACCAAUGGAACUGCUUAUGUUCGUCUAUUACUUCUUAUGCUAUAA